AUGGAGGAUAUCCCCCGAGAAUCCUCCAUAGAAGGACAACUGAGUCCAGACGACUUCAACACCGAAGAAAUGGCACUUCGAGAUGAGCUCGACGGUAAGCUCAGGGCAGCUGUCGAUGUCUAUUCCGAAGCCCCAUAUGGAAGCUUUGACUGUCUGACUUUUCGCUUGCGGGAGGUCAACAUCAAACUCGCACUGAGCCAAUUGGAUUGGCGCGUAUUGUCAAGGAAAUACAAAAGCACCAAUGAGAAUGACCCAGCCUACUCCGACCUGAUAAGGCACUAUUACUUGGAGCAAGACGAUAACGCCACGGAACUUUUUAUGUUGUUGUUGGGAGAAUUAACGUUGGAAGAGGAGGAGAGGUUUUUGGCGCAUAUGGAAAGGGCGUACGGGCUUGCGGAAGCUGGUGGCGAAGUCUGGUCCCCUAUCACGGGUUGGGCUAAGAAGGCAGACGUGAGUGCAGCACAAAUUUUCCCGCGCCAAAUUGGGCAAGAGAAGCUGGCGACGAUUUUCGGGGACACAUUCGAUGGCAAUAUCCAAGGGGCAGAGAAUGGGCUUUUCUUGCAAACCGCUCUCAAAUCUGCUUUCGAGGACUACAAGGUUGCAAUCGUCCCAGAUGCAAUCGAAGCUCACCCUUGCGAAUACAAGUUUGUCGUCCUCGACCCGAAUAUUUUGAACCUGCGGGUGAAAGUGGAGAUGACAUUCGACGAGCUGAAUGGGCGGAGACUCAUUUUCAGACCUGGAUGCGAUUUCAGGCCCAACUGGCGAUUCCUCCAUUUCCAUUAUGCUGUAUCUAUGCGGCUAGCGUUGCAGAAAAGCGGACCCUCCAGGGAAUUGUCACAAGGGGUGCUCUCAGAGCUUGGAGGGGUAUGGAAAGACCCAACCAUGGUUAUAAAUGCGGAGUUGCUUGAUGGAUUCGUUAGAGCGCUCGAAGCUUAUCGAGAGAUUUGGGAAAAGAAAAUGAAGGCAGAGCAGACUUCUGCAAAAGAAGGUGAGGUGUCAGAGGACUAA